GUACCGCUUUUAGACCCAACGAUUUUUUCGAUGAUUUGUUGUGAUGAAAUGAAUUCCUUGUACUGAAUUUAGUGCAUCUGAUUUACAAUGUUAAAACUAUUAGUAUUUGUAAGUGUAACUGCACUAUGUUGUGCAGAAAUUGACAGGCUUCUUACAACUGCUCUACCCUGGACACGUUACGAAAUAAAAAACGAACAUCCUGCUGAAUCAACUCAACCUAGUCUUCCUGGUUCUCCUGCCACUCCUGGUCAAUCAGAUUCAGAAACUGUUCAAACAGGCUUAACUGUUAAGCAAUCAAAUCAAUUAGAUCUAGAUCUGGAUCCAUAUGUAGAUCUACCAGUACUACGUCACGCAUUGACAAGCAAGAAGUGUUAUAGAUGUAGACUACACCGUGAGUGUGGGCCUGAUAAAAGAGCAUCAUUCAAACACUCAUGUGGAAAGUUCCACAGUAAGAAAGGAGGAAUAAUUCUAACUGUGGACCUACCUAACAAGUCUGAGCUUAAUACUGUGACAGUUUGUAAAAACUCUAAACUCAACGGUGCUAAAAUUAAGGAGGAACUGAAGCAAAUAAGGAACAACAAAAAGUGUGCCAAUAGUUGUGCUAAUUUCACAUUGUGUCCACUUGAAGCUAAAUCCAGCAAUGACUGUUUUCAAAGGCAACCCCUUCAGAUGUAUGUGUCUGAGAGUAAUAGAAUCUACGACAUCUUUACUGGAGAAAACAUGAUGUGUCAUAACUGCCUGGUAAUGCUGUCACUGUCAGCACAAGUAGGCCAACAGGGUCAAGUUCAAACAAGAUGUUUCCCCAUAAGCUUGUCCUACGGUAAUGGACAUGAUUCACACAAAACGCGGAAGAGAAGAUCCUCAAAGCAGGCUAAACCUGCAGCUCAUGAUUUAACACUGAAUGCACAGCUGGGUGGGGCGUUGAACCACACUGAGAAGAUCCCCAUUGAUGGUAGCCGGCUGAUCAUUACAAACAACCCUAGGAACUUGAGCUUUGAGGGAGUCAAGGGCUCUAAGACUUCUCCAAUUCAUCCAAAGACAGGAGAUGGUCCAAAAGUCACCCCUAUUGAUUUUAAUUUGGGGAAAGUUCAGGACUCUGUAACAUCUGAAGUACCACCAGAGAACGGAGGUGACCCACAGGUGACAGGUGUCCCGCAGGUGACCCCAGGAGAUGAACCAGUAAAGAAUGUUGACCCAGAAACCUCUCCUCCACCAACCACAACAGAAAAAGACCCUGAACCAGAACCUGAUCCUUUUGUUGCUGAAAAACCAGAGCGGAGCAAACUGGCUGAUAGUGGAAACUGCUUCAAAAUGGGGAAAACUGUGUUAUUUUUAAUUCAGUUUGUUAUGUUCUUCUACUGCUUGUAAACUUUGCUGCUUCAAAAUGGGGAAAACUGUGUUAUUUUUAAUUCAGUUUGUUAUGUUCUUCUACUGCUUGUAAACUUGUUGCUGCUUCAAAAUGGGAAAAGCAGUUUUCUUUUUUAUUUUCUCUAACUUCUAUUUUUUUGUAAGGCUCUAUGCCAUAUCUGCUUAAGAUUGAGAUUGAGGUGUCUGUUAAAGGCACUUCUUUAAGCAAUUAUUUAUUUUUUACCCUUUGGUUUUACAAUUUCUUUUUUAAAAUCAGUAUUUUGUUUUGAUAAAUUAUUAUUAUUAGGUUACCUAUCACUUGAAUAAGUAACUAGCCUUAUUUUGUCUGUUUAAAAAAUUGCUUUUUUUCCAGUGCUAUAUUUUGUGUAUUCAAGUAGCCUACAAUAUAGGCCAGAAUUUUUAAUUUUUUUU